AUGGAAAAGGAACCGAUUCCGGCCGAGUGCGUGGAACGGAGAGAAAACUCCCUGACGGAAAACCCUCUAAUCCUCGACUGCGAUAUCUCGUGCGUCGGUGCCGAUCGGGAUUCUGUGAUUUCCAAGAAGCCAUCCAACAAUCGCCCUUGUAUACGUUUCUAUUCCUACGACACGUUGCUCCGCGGGGAUCGAUGGUCCAUUUGGAGGACCGGGGCUUGUGCUAAUCAGACAAUAACUCUGGAGGUGCAUUGCGGUUUUCCGGAAGACGUGCCGGCUCGCGUAUCAAAU